CUUCACUCGAUCGGAGCUUGGCGGGAACGCUCGGCCACGAGUUCUAGUAUCUGAGAGAAGCGAAGAAGAGCUAAAGUUUCGUAUGCCAUGGAGCGAAAAUGAGCAAUAAUUACUAAGUACUUCCUACAUCAGUUGUGAGGUAGAAAGUAAUAUCAACAUGAUGAUGGCAAUAGGAUACCGCAACGGCGAGGAAGUUUCUCACGCCGCGAUGGAUAUGCCACAUGAUAACUUUCGCGCGUCUUGUGAAAGCGAACAGGCAGGCCCAUCCUCUACAACUGGCUGCUCGAGAAUUACAGGGAGUAAGCAGACUCGCCCACUAAUGCUGGGUCAAAUGCGGCAGCCUUCUCCUCGAAAUAGAGGAUCAUCACCCUCGACUACUCAGGUAUCACCCUGUCCCGCCACGACUCAAGGCGGACAUGCAGCAGGUGUAGAGAAUUCAAUAAGGAGUCAUCAAGAAGAACAUUCAAGAAGACAUCGAAGAAAAAGAUUAAGACCCUCUACACCUCUUUUCUGGUGGUGCGUACACAGCAUAUCGACGUAUGAUUCGCCAUGCAGCGUCUAUCUGGACUCGUCGUCAAGCUGUGGCGCUCUGUCUUCCUGCGGCGCACCUUUUGUCGAGGCGGCUCCAUCCUCGAAGCAGAUAAAGAAAGCGAAGAAGGCAUCCGAGAGUGACAAGGCACGACCGAAGCAAGGAAGCAAAAAGGCUUCGAGCAAGAAUAAGAACAAGGCCUCGGAAGAAAAAGGCAAGCAGGAUAGUGCUAAGAAAGGAAAGCCAACAUCAACGCAGCCUAAAAAGAGAGCAGAACAAAUAUCCAAGGUGCACGCUAACGAGAAAAGCGAAACUAAAGAGAAAGAACCAGGGGCGAAAGAUGAAUCGGCUAUGGGUAAGGCAACUGCCGACGCUAAGCAGGGAAGUCCUUCUGGGCAAACAUCGGUAACUUCCGCAUUAUGGGACGCUCCAGACUUUCGGGAUUCGGUUGUCGCGAAAAUGACGUUAGAGGGAGAAAAAAAGGUUGCCUGGUUGGGAGGACAAACGACUCAUUGCUCUGGCAUGCUCCUUGGCGGUAGACUAUCUUUCUCUUCUGGUCUUGUUGAACCCCAUUAUUUUGUAGGGAGGCAGUUACCCGUCAACACGAGUCGAUCGCAGUUCAUCUUCGUGUCAAAAUCACCAUGCAACCCCCUACUAGAAAUACAAUGGAGUAGUUCACUUCUUUUUUGAUUCUAAUACUGGAGCCACUCUCGAACUCGAAACAAAAUGAUACCUCUGAAUAUGGCGAAUCCUUCUGGCAUAACAACAGGUGAUACAAGCGGUUGUGGCAUGAUAUCAGAGAUAAAAUCGCAAAACGACUACGCCCGACUCGUUCUCCAAGCACCGCGGCCAUAUCACCUCUUCAUCCUCUUUUCCAUGAAUGGCUGCUGCAAUUUACGCAAGGGCCAUUGCAACGGAGACUGUGGAAGAGCCGAGACAGCAUUCCGAAAAGUCGCCGCAAGGUAGCAGUAUGUACUUUAAGUAUGUAAGUUGAAUUUUCUGUGUACUACAACUACUAGAGAUCAUGGUCACGUAAUUUUCAUUUUGAUUUUCGGCCAUUGUCGGCGUUGUUGUUAAUGUCAAGAAUUUGAAUUGGGUUGUUUCUGUACUUCAAAAACUUUCAACUACUACACUCAACAGUUAUCAUGUCAUUGGUGAGCAUGCAGAGGAGCUUAGGCCGUCUGAUGGUAAUGUCGCAAGAAAUUUAGAAGAGGAAGGCGCAGAAGAAGAGCAAAGAUUGAACCAAAGGGAUGUAGCGUCGAGUGCUAGUGAAGACGACGACAAGGAUGAGCGCAUAGGAAAGCUACCAGCGUUUUUCGCCAUAGUCCAUUGUGAUAAUGAAGAGAUGCGUGGCGUUUGUAUGAAAGGUCAUAAGCUCGAUACUGUGCCAAAAGUCGUACAUAUUCGAGGCCGUGGUUCGCCCGUUUUUAGAAAAGCGAAGGGAUCUGCAGGAUUACUUUUAAGCUGAGGACGCGAUGUACUAGGUGUGUGUAGUUAAGCUUAAGUACCAAGCAAGUGAAUAUUGCGCUGGUGUGAGGUCUUGCAUGCACAACAUGACAUGAAGCCACCCUCUCAGUUUCAGAAACGAUUUCUCCGGUAGGUCACAACAAAGUGCAUUCUAGCCAUCGCAAAACUUGUUUUUAUAUUGAUUCUACAACACCCAAACAGCAGGAAUGGCGAUGCACACAGAUGCGGAACUGAAGAGUCAGCUGUUGGACUACAUCUAGACUUCAUGAAAUAAGGGGCAAGUAGUUAUAGUGUUCUCAAUUAUAUUGAUUCUAAUGUUCGUGCGAAAAGAGCACACUUUCCCGCAGCCAGUAGACUGGAGUGACGGUGAGGAGAUGUUGCGUUGGGCGCAAAGUUUUGCAUCAAGGGGUCCGCAAUUGAAACUUUAUCAAGAUCUCGUUGCUAAACUACGUCUGAUGGCGCCGCUUCUUGCCAUUGGGGUCGGGGCGAUUGCAGUCCUCCUUCUCGGAGCAGCUCUAGUGCGCCUUAUGCCUUUUCUCAUGGUAAUGGCAGCUUGCGGGGUGCAGUGGUAAAACUCAAUUUGUUGAGCAACGCAUUGGUGCAGAAUGCUUCUAUUUAAUGCUUUAUAUAUAAGUAUUUGUGGGACACAGUCGUUGUUAGCUACAAUCGGAAGAGAAAUGGAAACCAAAAUACGUACACAACCACCAGUAAGCUUGCAACCAAAUACACAACUCCCACCAGGCUCGGAUGUUCCGGACUGACUUACAACUUGCUCCAUGGGAUGAAUUGGCGUGGAGAGCGGGGCGAAUUCGUCAGCAAUAAUAGCCGAUCGCAGUACCUAACAGAGGGUCUUGCAUGUAGUGGACUUUUCAUGCUUGGAGGAUUCUCGUUCGUCCUUGCGCUGAAACUGGCAAGCGCGUAUUCUUUUAUCUCCCUAGACUGGCAAGGACGCUAUGCGCCCAAUUUUCAUCGACUGUGAAGCUCCUACAUGUACGUAGCGACUGCCGGCCGGACUGCAGCCACGGAUACACAGCAAGCGGAAACAUGCAAAAGGGCCGGGCGUUCUGCGUGCCGCUGCGACCAGGACCGGGGCGGUCGCUGGGAAAAAAGAAAGGAAAAACGUGGCGACGUCAUGAGUACGCCCGGAAUGGUGCGCGAAUGGUGGAAGAACACGACGGCGGGGGCAGGGCUCAACCCUCUGCGCCUGGAAUCUAAUCCGCGACGACUGCGCGCGGGAAAGUGGAAAGCGGCGCACCGCCUGGCCGCGUCUGCUCAAAGCGCAGAGCUUUCGCGCAAAUUGGGCAGCGUGCUGAAGGCUGGGCCACAUGCCAGCAAGAAAGGGCUACCGGAGUGCUUGAAGGUGAUACAGAAAACGUGGCGCAGGCGUCGACCGAUGGGAGGGGGUGAAAGCAAUGCGGCCAAAAUUCUUGGGCAGUAGGGGAGCAGGGCUGUACCAGCUGGAAAGUUAUACCAAACGGCAAGCAAGGGGGGCGCACCAAGGAAGUGAAAGCGGGCCGAUGUGUGCUGCGAAGGAGUGGCGGCAAUGUUGUAUGGCGCAAAGGAUGCCCGCGAGCCGUAAAGGGAGCGCCUUGCAGAGGCUCGCGGCACGGAAGCGCGCCUGCCUUAUCUGGUUGCUUCUUUUUCGACGUUAUCCAUCGCGCCGGAGUUGAUUCGUGGAGGCAGGCUGGCCGCCCUCCCGUCGGUCGUUGAUGAACCGGCGCGCGAAGCUUCUGGGCCCAGUCUUGCUGACAAGGGAGCAGCGGGCAGAAGAUCCAGUUCCAGAGAGAGAGGACACAAGGCGCCGGGACAGGGGGCGCCUGUGGAGGUUUCUGCGGAAAUGGAAAAGGUGGCAGGCUCGUCCUCGUCCUCGUGUGUAAACCAAGGCCGAAGAUUGGCGCUUCGCGCUUGUGGUUGUGGGUUUGAUUUGCAUCGGGGUCGGCCGGCGCCCGUGGGUCAACCUAUCACACUGUGAUAGGUUGAAGGACUUGACUUAUGAGGCGCAGCAUCGGCAUGAACGCAGUGCAACCCAGGCAGCCGCGUGCUAAGUUAGUAGAGUAAAAGUGGGCGCGCGCGCAGUUUGCGCCACCAGUGUAAGCGGGUGGGUGCUUCAGGGGCCGCCUGCGCGUGUUAUGGUGGAAAGGGUGCGCACUGAUUUCCAUAAGGGAGCAAGAUUGGCGCCGCAGCCAUUUGAAACUGAAAAGCUGCACCCUCAGCGACUCCAGUGGCGGCCUGGCUCACUCGCUUACCUCACUGCGCAAGAAGUGGCUAGAUCUAGAAGCCACAGCCAGCUGAGGGGCCAGCGCCAGCUAUCGCGGCAGGCUGGCUCAAGACCAAGAGACGGCCCCCGCGUGGCGGAGGCUUGUCUUUCCAAAAACAAAGGCAGGCGGCAAAGGCUUCUUUGGGUGUUCUGACUGUUCGGGAAGGCUGCAUAAGUAAGGCGAAAGAGCAAGAGGACAAGGCGGGGAGGCGGGGUGGGGUGGCGCAUAGCAGCGCUGAAGCCCGCAAGGGCUGGGCGCGAACGCAGUAGCCCUAGCUGCCCAGGCCCAGGCACAAAGAAAGGCCUCCAGGCCAAAACGUGCCAGGCCCUCGCGUGUCAUGCUCGUGUUUCUUUGCUUCGUUCGGGUGUGUGUUCUCGUCUCGUUGAGUAUGAGUAGUUCAAGGAAAUGGAAGAACCGGCGCCAAGGUGGUAACACUAACAACUACGGAGCAAGGCCACCCAAUGUUGCGCGUGUCGCUGGCGUCAUUCGUGGAGCUGCCGCAGCAGCUGGCGAAGGAAGCGCCCGCGGCUGCAGCUUUUCAAAAUGUGGCCAAGCUCGACGCCAACACUGCCCGCGCCUUCUUCUCGUCCAACUACUCAGUUUUACUGCAGGCGCAGCUUCUACAUGUUCGGAAGUGGUCGGCUGAUGCCGCACGCCUGCGAGCUUGAGUGUUGUGACUGUGAGCUAGCCGGCAACGGCUGCGCAAUCUCGUGCUGAAUCUAUUAUCAUAAGGAAGCAAGCUCGGGGCCACAGCUGACCACUUGGCGCCCGCUUGUCCAUACCGCGACGAUCCGGGGCCGCAGGGAGAUUGCGCACGCAGGCAAAGGCAACGGAAAAAAAAGAAGGCUCUGAAGGGAGAGAGGCAGGCGGACUGAAUGCCCAACGACUGAAGGCAGGACUAUCGAACUUCGAGGCAGACAAUCAGGAGACACAACCACAAAGCAAACAGUUUCGAUAUGUGGCGAAACCACUUCGAUCAAAUUGCUUUUGUGGUGCUGCUUGUUUGUUCGGCGUGUGCCCACGGCGCUAGCAGUAGCCAGCGUGCAUGGUGUACAGUGCAUGCGGAUGCGCAAGGGCAUUGGCGGGCGUGCCGUGUGGUUCGUUGGUCUUGCUGACGUUGUUGGUCGUGGUCUAUAACUAUAUUUAUCUACUGGUAUCUAUUUCUACUGCGCUUGGCCUGGCAUGGAUUUUCAUCUUCAUGCGCCACUCAGGCUCAGCCGUCGGGGCUUAUCGGAUCGGGCUCGUCGAACUCGGAGCGUAGUACUAGCGUAAUCUAUAUCCGAAAAAACAAAAUUCUCUAACUAUUACAAACACCUCAGGUCUUAUAAGACAGCGCGCGCGGCGUCGGCCGGGACCGCUGCGUGUGCGGUGGCUAUCCUACUCUCGAUGGGUGCGAUUUCGUCCUUAAUGGAAAUCUAUCGAACCUACAAGGCCAACUGGCUCCAAGAGCCGGGAAUGAUGCCUCCUGCUGGAUAUAAAACGGGACCCGUGGAGAUCGAUCGAGGGCUUACAGCAUUCGGUGACAUCAAUCAACCAGCGCGACGCAGUGAAGCUGAUACUAUAUUUAAGGCUAGUAGUACUGCAAGAACCUACUACUUGGCCUACCCCUAGAGAUGAUCUCUAUCUUAUCUUUCGAACUGUUCUUUUUCUAUUGGAGAAUCGAUCCACUGGGGAGUCGCAGUGAUGUCGUGAGUACAAAUGAAUCAAGAUAAGGAGAUAUAUAAAUAUCUGAUAAAUAAAUAUUAUGAGAACAUCGAUAAAUAUAAAAUAUUUCAGGGCCAUCUGCUUCAUCUUUUCCUUUUGCUCGUACCAGUUCUUGACGUAGCUCUAAGUUGGCUGGCACACGAAGCACGUCCCUUUUGCAAUCACUGGCGCCCGUCUUGCAUCUGACCGCUAGAGGCUGGGCAUGGGGAGGCAAGAACUGGCGGACAGUGGCAAAGCAGGGUCGCAAAGUCUGGAGAGAAAGUCACGCCGUAAAAAUGAGCCACAAGGUACUCACUCAAGUGUUCGACUACCUCGUGUGCUUUCCAGUGGAAUCUUUUGCAUCAGCGCUUGCGAACAUACUGAUGCUCCUUGGUUACGGUCCCAAGGCAAAGGCUGGUGAUGAAAACGGAAAAGCUGAUAGUGUCACAAAUAAGAGGGGAUCAGCGAAAUCGAGAAAGAAACGGAAGUCACACCGGGGGAGGUGAGACGGUUUCGGAAGACUGGAAAGAUUUCUUUCUUCUCAAGAUCUGGUCUCACUUUUAAGGCAAGCCAAAGGAUUGCACGCAACGAACGAUGUGCAACGCAAACGAUUCGUUUUGAAUACGCAAAAAAUCUAGCGAUGGAAGUCGGUGCUAGUAGGUACACCAAAGGACAUUCAUCAUCGUUCAUUUCUUGAAUUGGGAUCUAAAACUUUGUGCGCAUGUGGGAUUACGUGGGUUUUUAGGGAAGAGAAUAUAAUUUAUAUAAUAGCACCUCAUGCUGUUAGUUUGCUACAGUCAGAUUGUAGUACUUGUCGCUACGGACUCAGUUUGAUGAAUACAGACUGCUCGUUUACGACGAAAUAAGACAAAGUCGAAAGUAGAUCCAAGGAUGCGCUCCGAGGACACAUGCAACACAGGAUCAUGAU